CGAUUUACGCUUGCACACAAGAUAGAGUUCAUAUGAUCGACUGAUACCGCAGGUGGCAUUCUGUUGUAGCCAAGCCUGAGCGGAGAAGGGCCAUACAAGGGCCUCAACUCGGAUUCAAGCUCAGCCAGGACGACUACCGACGCCUUGGGCUCGCUUCAGCAACAUGGCCCGCGGUCCCAAGAAGCCAAAGGCAGGUCGUGCCACUUCGGCCAAGACGUUCAACAUCGCAAAGGUUGCAGCGCCAAGAGCGAACAGAAAGGAUGGGAAGGUCGCUCGCUGGAACACCAAAGAUGACAUACCCGAAGACAACGAAGAUGCUUUUCAUCGCCAGCGAGAUCAGAUUCUGCUUCAGGGAGGAGUCGGUAUAGGCGGCGGCAAUGACGGAUACGCUGGCGACGACGUAUUUGGAGGCGACGAGCACGAGGUUCUUGCUUUACGUCCAGGCUCUGACGAUGAGGCCGACGAUGAGGAGAUGUCUGACGAGCUCGGCCAAGAUCGUUACGAUGAAGAGGAAGCAGCAAAAGGGCGUCGGAGAAUCGCGAAAGAGAAGCGUGCUGCUUCGAAAGCUGUUGCUUCUCCGGCAGCACCGAAAAAGGCCGGCGGUCGCCUAGGUACCCCAGACUCAUCGGACGAAGACGAUGAGCAGGGCGAGGAAGACUCCGACGCCGAGUCAUCAUCCUCGCGAUCUGAAUCUGCCGCUGCGCAAGCCAACGGAUUCGGGCGUAACAAGCAUGCCUACUACAGUGGAAACAAUCUCGAUGCGAUCGAGUCCGAUUCAGAGCUAGACGAAGAAACGAAGCGCGAGCUGGAAGUCAGAGAAGCCAAGAAGAUGCAAGCGCUGGCGCGGGAAGGCAUGGACGACGAAGAUUUUGGCUUCCCAUCUGCCACCUCCCGUGAAGGCGCACGGAUUAUUCUUGCCGGUAUUGAGCCGAACUGGAAAGACAAGCGCACAGGCUUUAGCUCCGGAAGCAAGGAGGAUCAAGAAAAACGACGCCGCGAGUUUGACAACGUUGCAGAGACCGCGGAGCAGACGCUUGACAAGUGUGCAGUCGAAGUAGCGACCGACUCCAAAUAUUUGCGUGAAAAUAUGUUUGCGCAGCUAGAGAAGACCUCGCCAGAAACCAUCGCGUUGUCCGGAGAGUUACCUGACAUUGCAGAAGAGUACGCAGAGGCAGAGGCGACGCUUCAGCAGCGGCUCGAGGGGAAGCAUAGCAAGGGGUCAAAGGAGGUAGACGCUGCAGGACAUGGCCUAAUUCAUCUCCAUCAUCAAGCGAUCAACGCAUACGUUACCAACCUUGCUUUCUAUUUCUACUUGCGCAGUCUCUCGGAAUAUGCGGAAGAUCCGGCAAAACUUCGUGCGCACCCUGUUAUGGAGCGUCUGCUCAAGUUCAAGAAGACGCUCGCUGCACUAGAGGACCUUGGUAUUGGCGGCAAGGCAAGGAUCUCUCCGCACCGCCGCGACAUCGAUGGAUUGGCGCUGGACAACGAGGAUGAAGAUGAGGAAGAAGUCAAUGAUGAAGAGGGGAUGCUCAUGGAUGAUGUACUCCUUGAGGGCGGCAGUGACGACUCGGAGGAGCUUGAAGACAUGGAUGACGAUGAACUGGCAGACCUAUUGGCGGACGAGGACCAAAACGGCUUCAUGGCUGCCACUGCCAGAAACGGUGCCAGUGCAAACAAUUUCGAGGGACGCGAGGCGUUCGCCGGUGCUGGCGAAGGAGAUGCUGAAGCAAAGACUGUCUCAACUUCGCCAGCUGUCAAUAGCAAGUCCAAGAAAGACCGGAAGAAGAAAAGCAAGGGCAAAGUGAAAGAGGUAGUCGCACCUGCUCCACUGGCGGCGCUUGCCGCGUACGACUAUUCAGAAAAUGACGACUUCGCGUCCAUCCUCGCCGCAUCGAGCAUUGCGAAGGGCAAGAAGCGGCAGCGUGACGCCUUGGGAAGCAUCCCGGACGAAGAAGCGGCGCACGCGUUCGGCGAGCCCACACAGCUUACUGCGCAAGAGGAGGCUGAGAAGGCUGCACGCAAGCGCUCGCUUAAGUUCUACACGUCUCAGAUCUCAGCCAAAGAGGCUCGCAAAGGCGCCGGGCAAUCGAAGCGCGAUAGACUCAGCGGUGAUGCAGACAUUCCGUAUCGCGAUAAGUCUGCCAGCAGGGACGCUGUCGAACGCGCUCGUCAAGCUGCUUCGGGGGGAAGUGCAGACAGUGGCAUGGGCGCUGCGCUCGAUGGAAGCGAAUGGGAUGCGAAGGAUGUCGCGGACCGCAGUGCUGUUCUCGGCUUUGCUGGCGCAGAGGGCGACUUUGGCGAGGAAGCUGAUGGUGGCGACAACGACGCUGAGGGGUACUACGAUCUGGUUACGAAUCGCCGAAGAGCUGCAAAGAGGCAAAAGCAAGAAGAAUACGAUGCAAUGCGCGAAGAGAUCAGAAAUAUCUACGAGCCGACACUUGCAGAUGGCGAGCAUCGUGCCAUCAAUCGCACAAUCGAGAAGAACAAAGGCCUUACCCCUUUCCGUCCGAAAGCCGUGCGCAACCCUCGUGUCAAGAAGCGGCAGCGGUACGACAAAGCCAAGAAGAAGCUCGGGAGCAUGCAGGCCGUGUACAAAGGUGGUCUGGGUUCCCUCGAAGGAGGUUAUCAGGGAGAGAAGAGCGGUAUCAGCAGCAACGUGGUCAAGAGUCGGAAAUUUGCCUGAUGCAUUUUGCGGUGCUUGUAGUCUCCCAGAUAUCGCCCUUUGCGAACUGGCCUUUGCAUUUGGCUAUGCU